UUCUCUAACAAUUUUAAGGACCAGAACAGACAGACCAUGGCCAGCAAAACUACCUAACCUGCCUGCCUGCCUCACCAGGCGCAUGAUUAGGUACCUACCUAGGUUUGAUGUACCAGGGAAAUCGAGUCGGACAGCCAAACCCAGCGGCUACCCGUGUCAUUUCUCGGUAAUUGGUAGAGAGAUGAUCCUCAGGGAGAUUUUGGCGGCAGGAGAAGAGGCCAGCAAGGGGUUGCUGACCCAUGGAUUCAAUUGACCUGUACCAUAUUCAUUUGGCUGCCUUGUUACACAACCGAUUCUAGACGAGUUGGCGCCUGG